AAAGGUGCGCGUCUGGAAAUAGCCCAGGAAGGACCCCUUGUCUGACAAAUCUCGUAGUGCGCGCUACUCAACCGUGACGCUCAGUCACCUUCGAUAAAGUAAACAUGGAGAGACGAUAUCAAUGCAGCCAAUGUAACGCAUCAUUUUCAAGACCAAGCAAACUUCAAAGUCACAAAAGAAUAUGGGGUCAUCAAAAUUCAUACGAAUGUGAUAUAUGUCACAAGAAAUUUGCACGAGAAGAUAACCUUAAGACCCACAGAGAGAAACACGGAAACAAUGUAUACCACGAGUGUGAUGUUUGUCAUAAAAUAUUUGGUAGAAAAGACAACUUAGACCUACACAAACGAAGCCUGCAUCUACAACUUGGGAGAGGCGCAAAAAGGAAGCUAAGUCCAAAUCAUUCUACAAGUGUUAAACGAAGGAUUACUAAGUACGACGACCCUGAAGAUAGUUACACAAUCAGAGCAGUUGAAGAACAAAAUAUGCCAAAGUUUAAUACCCGAUCCAUGAGAUACAAAGUGACAUUUCACGGCCUAGAAAUUCGAAGUCUACAAAAUAUUUUGAAAAGCUUGAAAAUCUUAUUUUCAUCCAUAUUAAGAGACAUUACUGAAUACAUGAGUAGAGACGAUCUCGUGCGUUUAUCAGUACAGUCUCCAGAGCUGGAUUUCCCCAUCACCCUGCCAUUCAGACGCUUAUCACAAUUGACAGCUGAAACUUUCCUGUCGGAAGUAGAACGGGUACUUCAGUCUUAUGAGGAGUUUGUUCUAGACGAGUCCCUUGAUGUUGAUAUUAUUCACGUUCGACUUCCAUCAGGUGGAGUUGGCAAACGAUGCAAGUACAUAGAUCUGGGUAGAAUGUUAAAGGAAAAACGAGGAAUUAUCCGUAUCAGCAAUCCAGAUGAUCUAUGCUGCGCCCGAGCGAUAGUCACAGCGAUAGCUCGCAUUGAUAAACAUCCAAAAUGGGAACGCAUUCGCCAUGGGGGAAAGAUUCAGACAGAUUUGGCAAUUCAACUUCAUAGAAAAGCUGGUGUACCACUGCGCAGAUGUGCGAUUAAAGAUUUACAGCUGUUUCAGAAAGUUCUACCAGAUUUUCAAUUAAACGUACUUUCAAAAGACAGUUUUAAUUCACUGGUUUACCAAGGACACGAUGCAGAAAAGAAAAUAUAUCUUUACCAUCAUGACGACCACUAUGAUGUUGUAACAAAAGUAGCAGGGUUUCUUAGCCGUAAUUAUUUUUGUACCAAAUGCAACAAAGGUUAUGACCACAAAGAAAGACAUUUUUGCAACAACGUAUGCAGGUGCUGUCAUAAGUUGCAUUCAGAUAUGACAGAAAAUUGGAAGUUUUGUCCUGAUUGCAACAGAUCCUUCAAAAAUCCUACAUGUUUUGAGCUGCACAGAUUCAAACCUGUGAAAGGUCACAGUACUUGUGAAACGUACUACAAAUGUCAACAAUGUACCAGGACAAUCAACAGACGUCUGCAUAAAAGGGAGCACGUUUGCGGUGAGAAAUAUUGCAAUACAUGUAUGGAUUAUGUGGACGAAACUCAUCAAUGCUUUAUGAAACCGGAUGGAACUGAAUUUCCCUGCGAGGAUGAGGAGCAGUUCACCAUCGAAUUCAACAAAAAGAAACAAAACCAAGAUGACUCUGAAGAAGACGAUCCAAAUGUGUACAUAUUUUUUGAUUUUGAGUGCACACAGGAUCAGGUUUUAGAAUGCAGCAAAGGGCACCAAAAGUCAUCCAAGGAUACAAAAUGCGUCAACUGUAAACAGACUUGGUGUGGAAUGAAAAAGCACAUACCAAAUCUUUGUGUUGUCCAAAAGGUUUGCGAUGAUUGUAAAACAAGAAAAACAGAUGCCGACAGCAUUUGCCCCAACUGUGGCAAAAAUGAACUUAUUUUUCAUGGUCCAAAUACACGAGACGACUUUUGCAAAUGGCUGUUUUCUGAGAAAAAUAAAGACGCAAAAGUCAUCUGUCAUAAUUUUAAAGGAUACGACAGUUAUCCGAUCAUGAGUUACUUGUAUGAAAACGGAAUUCUUCCUGAGGUCAUCAUGAAUGGUUCAAAGUUGAUGUGCCUUGAUGUACCAAAGUGCAACAUUAGAUUUCUUGAUUCCAUUAAUUUCAUUCCCAUGGCAUUGGAUAAAAUGCCUAAAACAUUUGGAUUCACAGAAAUGGCAAAGGGAUACUUUCCCCAUCUAUUCAAUACCACAGAGAACCAGACAGUUGUCUUGCAACACUUGCCUGAUGUACAGUAUUAUCAUCCUGAUGGGAUGAAACCAGACAAAAGAAAAAGUUUUUUGAAGUGGUACAAAGAACAUAAAAACGACAAAUUUGAUUUCCAAAAAGAACUUUUGAAGUACUGCAGGUCGGAUGUUGAUAUACUUCGAAAAUGCAGUCUUAGAUUUAAAGAACUUUUCGAAGAAAUGACAGCUGUUAAUGGCAAGGAGGGUAUUGACCCUUUUCAACGUUGCAUUACAAUUGCAUCGGCGUGUCAGUUAGUUUUUCGAAGACAUUUCCUAGAGGAGAAUUGUAUAGGAAUCAUUCCACCUCAUGGAUAUAAACCCGAAACCAAACACUCAAUCAAAGCAUUGCAGUGGCUGAAAUAUAUGUCACAAAAACUAGGCAAAAAGAUUCAACAUGCCCGAAAUGGAGGAGAGAAGGUCAUUGGGCCUUAUAAAGUCGAUGGUUAUUAUGAAAACGAUGAGGAAAAGGUUGUUUUGGAAUUUCAUGGAGAUUUCUGGCACGGGAAUCCAGAGUGCUACUCAGCAGACACAUAUAAUCCUGUUCGUGGUCUCACAAUGGGUGAACUCUACCAAGAAACUAUGGACAAGCAACAGUAUUUGCAAAACAAUGGUUACAAAUAUGUCUAUGAAUGGGAGAAGAAUUUUGACCAGAAAGUUACCGAGGAUACAGAAUUGAGGGAAAUCAUUGCUACCCUUAACUUGCAAACUCCACUUGUACCUCGCGAUGCUUUCUUUGGUGGAAGAACAGAGGCCUUUCAGCUGUUUGCAGAGGCGGAUGACAAUACAUCAAUCAAGUACUAUGAUGUUACGUCCCUUUAUCCUUUCAUAAACAAGACUGGGAAAAUUCCUAUCGGACACCCGGACAUUAUCACGGAAAAAUUCAAGGACAUUUAUUCUUACGAAGGGCUUGUUAAAUGUAAAGUGCUACCUCCACACGGACUAUUCAUUCCUGUUUUGCCAACAAGAGUUAACGGGAAACUCUUAUUUGGGCUCUGUAAAACAUGUAUGGAAACAAAACAUAUAUCAAAAUGUACACAUUCUAAAGCAGAUCGUUCGAUUAUCGGCACAUGGGUCACCGAUGAGUUGAAAAAAGCGAUUGAAAAGGGGUACAAGAUAACCGAAAUGUACGAGGUCUGGCACUUUGAAAAUAUCUCCCAGUACGAUUCAAUGACAAAAACGGGGGGAAUCUUUACAGAUUACGUAAAUACUUUCCUCAAAGUGAAACAAGAAGCAAGUGGUUGGCCUGACUGGUGUAAAUCGGAGGAUGACAAAAGGAAAUACAUUCAUGAUUAUUACUGUAGGGAAGGUAUUUUAUUAACAUAUGACAAAAUCAAGUUUAACCCAGGGUUAAGAGCUCUUGCAAAGUUAAUGCUCAACAGUUUCUGGGGAAAAUUUGGCCAAAGGUUGAAUUUACCAAAAACACAGUAUCUCUCUGAACCUGUCAAGUAUUUCGAUUUAUUGAGUAGUGAUGAACAGAACGUGUUAGAUGUCAGUUUUGUUAAUGAUGAAAUGGUUCGGAUUCAGUGGGUCAACAAUGAUGAUUUCAUUGAGAACACUGGGAGAACGAAUGUCAUCAUCGCGGCUUACACAACAGCACAAGCUCGUCUCAAAUUGUAUUCCUACUUGGAAAAACUUGAUAGACGAGUACUUUAUGCUGACACCGACUCAAUAGUAUUCACCACUAAGCCUGGAGAAUGGGAACCAGAACUGGGUGAUUACCUUGGGGACUUAACCAAUGAAGUUCCUGACAAUGAAAUCGAAGUGUUUGUAACUGGCGGACCUAAAAAUUAUGCAUACACUUUGAAAACACCAGGGAUUGAUGGAAAGAUUUCUCUGUGUAAAAUACGAGGAAUCACCCUAAGUUAUGCCAAUCUACAGAAAAUCAAUUUUGAAACUAUACAAGAGAUGGUUCAAAGUAUGGAAGACAAAGAUGACGCAAAAAUUACAGUUACAGACUUCCACAAAAUCGCAAGAGACACUAAAACAAUGAAUAUCAUCACCAAAGUUGAAGAAAAAGACUAUAAGAUUGUUUUUGAUAAACGUGUUUUGUUUGGACAUUUGUCAAAUCCUUAUGGAAUGUAAUUAAGUAAACAAUCCAUAUGCGUUAUACACUGUCUGUAAAUAUAUGUUAUAGAAUAUAUCAAUAAAAUAUUGUUUGAUUUUA